CUCUUUUCUUAAAUUUACUUUUAUUUUAAAGUUUUUCGCUUUAUGCUAUUUAUAGGACUAAUAAGUGGUGGAAAAGAUAGUAUUUAUAAUAUGCAAAUGUGCAUUGAAGAUGGGCAUACUCCAGUAUGCUUGCUUCAUAUGAAAAUGGAGAAAGAAGAAGAUUCUUAUAUGUUCCAGUACGCAGGAUGCAAUCUUUUACCGGCCAUUGCAGAAUGUUUAGAUCUUCCGCUGCAUCAGUUUUCUACCUCUGGUGUGUCUAAAGAUCGCAGCAUAGGUUAUAAAAUAACAGAAAAAGAUGAAAUAGAAGACUUAUUCUGUGCUAUUGGCGCUCUUUUGAAAAAAUAUUCGUUUUCUGGUGUGUCAGUUGGAGCUAUUUCCUCGGUGUAUCAGUAUAAUAGAGUGAAGAGUGUGUGUGAUAGACUUGGAUUAACUAUGCUGGGGUAUUUAUGGGGGUCAAAUCAGAAGGCACUGCUUGGUAAAAUGAUAGAGAAUAGUGUUUAUGCAGUUGUAGUGAAGGGCGGUGAGUAUGUAAGCAAUUUAGUUGGAGAGUCUCUUCAGAGUGUACGUGAUAAGUAUUCUGCAUAUAUUCUAGAACAAAUACAUAAAUAUCCUGGAUUAAAAGAAGAGGAUUUCAACCUAUGCGGCGAAGGAGGUGAGUAUGAAACAAUCACACUUGAUGCCAAAAUAUAUAAAAAGAAAAUAGAAAUAGUAAGAAGUGAUGUGGUAGAAGUAGACGGAGUAAAGAGAUUAGAUGUUUUAGAACACAGAGUGGUGCCCAAAUAGAACC